AUGGCUCUAAUUAAACUAUUGAUGCUUUUUAGUCUGACUUUGUCUGGUUGCAUCUGUGAGACUAAGUUAGAUUGGAGGGACAAGAAAGUAAUACUACCAGUGCACAACCAGAGCCAAUGUUUGAGUGCGGGAACAGUGAACGUGUUGGACAUGAUUAGCGCCGUUCGCUCAAUAAAAACCGGUAAAUCACUGGAGUCUAUGAGCGCACAGGAGCUGUUUGAUUGCAACCCUGAUUGGUGUAUAUGUAAUACUACUGUCAGUGCACACGAUGUGGCAAUAUCCAUAGAUCAAAAUUUGCUGAAUUCAUUGGAUUUGGAAAGGGAUCACCCGUUCACCGGCCAGUGCACCCAUACGUGCGAUACACGAAAGAUUUAUGAAACAGGCUUUCAUUGGGACUAUAUUAUGAUGACUCCAUUAAACACAACCUAUAAUAAUGAAGAAGGUCUGUCCGACUUUUUGGCUGAGGGACCAGUAGUGGUGUUAACAAAAUCCAGUUCCCCUGCAUUCCAGUCAUACGCCGGCGGUAUACUAGACAGCCGUGAGUGCAAUACUGCAGGUCUUCCGGAUCACAGCCUACUUCUGGUGGGAGAGGGUGUCGAAAAUGGGGUCGAAUAUUGGUUGGCUAGAAAUAGUUACGGUGAGGAUUGGGGUGAAAAGGGUUACAUACGACUGGCUAAGGGUACAAACGUGUGCGGGAUCGGUUAUGGAUAUGUACUUGUUGGGUGGCCCAUUAACAAUAAACAUAAAUGA